CUCAUACUCUGCGCCCGUCCCUAUCCCGACCCCCGCCGCCGCGCCCGCGCGCCCUUGCGCGGCUUCCGGCCGCCGCCGUUUCUGCCACUUCGCGGUCCUCCGCCGCUCCAUCGCAGGGCGGGCGCGACUUCCCCUGCUAGCCACCGCUUCCCGACUGCUCCUCCCCUCUGAUCCUCCACCGACAGCCGCUGGUAACGUUGCCGCUGGGGGUGCCGCAGCCACCGGCGUCUCGCUCCAGGCGAUCGAUUAAGCUCGGGUUCUGCUGGUUGCCAUACUACUCUCCCUACGGCAGAUAUAGCGGCUAUAAAUGGCAGGGAAGCACCGCAUAAGUCGCCAGUACUAUGAGGAACCACGAGGAUUUUGUGAUGGUCCUCCUCGACUUGCACGAGAAAGGUCUAUCUCACCACGUCGCUUUGAGGGAGAGCUGUCUAGCCGCCGUGAUGAGAUACGCAGAAUCCGUGAUGACAACCAACAUCUGGUGGAUGAAAUUGUUGGACUCAGGCAAGCAAUGUCUCAUUUGAAAGAAGAUCUCUAUUCCUCAAGUCAGGCUAUACCUAAGCUCCGCGCAGAGAAAGAACUUGAAUCGAGGGAGCUGACUCAGAGGAACCUGAAGCUGGAAGCUGAGCUACGCUCUUUAGAACCCCAUAGGCAACAUGCCUUGCAGCUACGAUCUGAAGCAGGCACGCUGCAGUCUUUGAGGCAAGAGUUGACUGAAAAGGUGCAGGGUCUAACAAAGGAGGUUGAGCAUCAGAACUCUGAAAAGCAGCGCAUACCUGCCAUGGUAGCUGAACGAGAUGGUCUGCGACAGGAACUAAUUCGUACCAGGGCCGCUCUUGAUUAUGAAAAGAAUGCAAAGGCAGAGCUGAUGGCACAGGUGCAGGCAGUGGAAAAGGACCUUGUAACUAUGGCUCAGGAGUCUGAGAAGCUUAGGGCUGAGAUUGAGAAGAGAAGGCCUCCUGGUUUCAGCGGCCAUGGAGCUUACGGACCACCUAUGACAACUCCUGGGAUGGGCUUGCAAGACAUCUACGACAGCGGCUAUUCUUACAGAGAGAAACGCUACGGUGCUGGGCCAUGGGACCCCCCUGGCUAUCCGCACCCAUGAUUUGGGCUUUUGAUCCUUGUCAGAGUUCAUCACCGUCAGUACUUGCGACAAAGUUCCUAUCUUAGCACUGAAACUUGUGGUGACUGGUGUUUUCGUGGCGGAUUUGAGUUUUGCUAUAGCUUUGUUGGCAAAUGCCACAGCAUUGUACCAGCGCUGCUUAUAUUGCACCAUUCUUCAGAAAAUCAUAACCGUUGUAGAAGGCAAUUGAUCACAUCAUAGAAGGGAAUAUAUAAUUUGAACUCUAGAAAAUUGCAACAGGGUGUGAAGCCUUCUGAAGGCAGAUUGCUCUUUCUUGACCGGUUUGAUGCGGUUGCUACUCUUUUGGUUUGGGUCGAGCUCUUGCAAGCUUCUAUUGCAUGAGGUGAAAUAUUAUCACCUGCCAAAAAUGAGGACUGAUGCCUAGUCGUGCUUCCUGCAUUGCUGCUUUGCUCAUGUUGAAGGUGGUGAAAAGAAUAACAGCAACCCCCUUUGUCAUGUCCCGUCUUAUUUUUGAAUUUUUAUUUUAUUUUGAGUAGUACUCCAGCCAUCCCAAUUUACAUGUCAUUUUUGUAUUUCGUGAUUUUUAAUUGACCAUUUUGACCGAACUAUGAAUGUCAUGUGUUAUAAAAAUGUUUCCAUUAGGCA